UAUCGAUGGUACGUUUUCUGGCAGUGUGUGGCUGGAUAUAGCUCCCACUAUCUCUCUGUUUUCUUCUGUCUUGCUGAUACACCUAGCGUCUCCAAUAACACACAACAGGAUCCGUGAAAGUCGUCUAAGCGGCUCAUUGGAAUGCCGACGUAAAACAGGCAGUAGCGACGUCUGUGUGGCACAGUACAUGCCCCGUGGCAUCAAAAAUGAGUAUUUUGGUGUGCUUUCAGUGCCCGUGUACAGCAUGUCUGGACUCGACGAUCGACAGCGCCGGGGGCUCGAGCUUGUCCUGUGCAUAUCGUUGUUGACGAUGCUCGACAAGUCCGACGAAAGCAGCUGGAUAAUGAAGCGCAAUAGUGUGAACAACAACAGCAGCAGCGAUACCCAGAUCGAGCCAUCGGAAUUACCCACACCUUCCAACAGCAAGAAAGACGAGCAGAAGCGUAUGAAAAUAGAGCGUGAGCUGCAGCUUAUGCUGGAACGUGAUAUACGACGAUCCCAGAAGCAGAUUCUACAUGAAGAUAGCACAAACAACAACUACCAUUAUAAGAAAGCGUCCUCCUCCAAAAACAACAGUCCUCAAGUUUCGCCCAUUCCUACGCCGACAACGUCAACGAAAACAUCCACAACAAAAACAACACUGACACGCCAAAAGUCAGCUUCGGUACUCCGUGAUCGUCUCGCAAAUAGCUCAUUGGCAAAUAUGAAACACCUCGACGCGACUGCCACCUUGCAAUUGCCUGCUGCCGCUGCUAACAACACCAUGGCCCCCCUCGAAAGUUUGUUUUCGUCGCUGCCGCCACAACAACAAUCGCAGCAGCAAGUCAAUCCACCAGUAUCAGCACCAGCAACGAACAAAUCCCCCUCUUCUGCCCCCCAUUCAGCCUCGACCAGCCCUGCCACAACCCCGACUGCGUACUAUCCAAGCAACCCGCUGCCUUAUUUUCAUUACUACGCACAGUCGUCUUCGGCUUCCUCCGGAGCAGCUAAAAGUAGCAGUAAUGGUAACGUUGUACAGUCGCAAAGUAAGACGUCUGUUCGAUGGGAUCACCAUACCCAGCAACAACAACAACUACAGCAGCAGCAGCCCAACAAUGUCUCUAAGCGACCUACUGCCCAGCGACGUGUUUCCACAGGCGACCAAAUUUUGCACCACUAUCCAAUGCGCAUGUACGCUCAAAUGCAUCAUCAUCAUCAGCAACAGCAGCAUCACCAUCACCAUCAGCAGCAGCAACAUCAGCAGCAUAUCCAGCAGCAGCAACGCUAUGUUCCAGAUUACUACAAUUACAUGUAUCAGUAAUAAUAAAGAAAAAAAAGCAAAAAAGAAAUAUUUGUUGUUUGUUUUUUUUUUGUUUAAUGCCUACCAGCAAGAGAACCCUUUUAAUAAAAAGUAAUUCACCGACU